CUCUCUCUCUCUCUCUCUCUCUCCCUCAAUUCGAGGUGGUCUAAGCCCCAACAAGAAGCUAUAUAUAGCAACAAUGGCGACGACCCUUCUCUCUCUCUCCUCUCCUCUCCUCUCCUUUCUCUCUCUUUAUAUCUCUCUUCUUCGUCCUCAUCUCUCUCUCUCUCUCUAUCCUCUCCGGGAUCGAAGCGAGAGGGUGGGGGAGAGACAUCUCCGAGGAAACCCCACCUCCCCAAUUCCCCCCAUAUUUUUACCCAUUUUUCUCGUUAAUUUCAUAGAUCGUUUGUUUUUUGAUUUCCUAUGAUCCACAUCGCACAUUGUUUGUUAUAUGGAUCGCCCGAUGUAAUCUCCGCGAAGGGAUACUACCUCCGAUCAAAUUAAAAAAGCAGGGGAUAAUUAAGACAGGGACUAAGGUGUAAGCAGACUUUUUUAUAAUUUAGCCUUCAUGUUUUGCAAAGGGAGAGAAGUUUUUGUUUGGAAGCUCUACUAGUAUUUCUCAUGUAGAGGGAAUGGCUGGGCCCUUUUGAGUCUCUUAAUGUUGCUUGAGUGGAACUUCUCCCUCCUUUAGCUGCGUGCUCAUCUCGAACUUACAUCUUUGCGCAUCAGUCGCGUCUGUAGCUGUAACGAUCACCAUGGGUGCCUGCGUGUCAAAAUCAAACGGCAAAUACCGAGCACAGAAACUCCCAGUCAAGUCGAGGAAAUGCCACAAAAAAAAGAUUUCCUCUGCAGUUUGCGAUGCGAAUAAAACGCAGAGAGAUUUUUCUCUCAGCGAGUUUGUUCAUGUUGAGACUAAUGCGACUACUCGAAGGAAGACGGAGGUCUCCAAUUUGACUUUCCACCUCACUCAGAUGCAAUGGCAUCAUAGUCAGAUGGAUGCUCAUGGGUUAUGCCAAGAAGAUGUCUGGUUCGACUCUGUCAGUAUUCUCGAAUCUGAUUCUGAUGAUGAUUUCAGCAGUGUUCAUGGAGGUACAGAAAUGGAUGGCUUUCCAUCCGUAAAUGCAAUCGGAACUCAAAUGAUGCAGUAUGAAAAUGCUUCGCGAUUUGUCGGUGCAAUGUGCAAGUUUGAUGAGUUCCAAAAUGACGAUCCGAUAGCAUUGGCCAUCGAGCAGUACUUAAAAAGAGAUGGAGGUAAACCUGAAAAGCCGCUAAGCAACAAUGAGCUUAAAGAUGAGAACAAAGCUGCAUUGAUAAGCACUCCACAAGGUUGCGAGCUUGUGGGAAAAGCUGAUGAGGCUACUUUAAAAAGCCGAAACGUGGAUUUCUUGACAAAAAAGAAAAGAACUUUAGCCGAUUCGUAUGGUAGCUUUAAAGGUUUGAAAGUGAGAAAGGAGACAGAAGAAAAGUCUCAUGAAAGCAAGAUGCCGUCAAGGUUAAAGAAGUUAGUUUCGUCUCUUAGUUUCAAUGAUAAAAUGUACCAGAUCCCUAGUGCCAGCCCGACGUCUCAGAAAAGAAAAUCAGCUGUAAUUAGGCUUUCGUAUAAGAGGAAGUCGUUUGAUGGAGAAGAAACAACUGAAUAUUGUGCCUCAAAGCAAUUCUUAUAUCAUCCGAGGGCCGGUCAUGUAAUUCCAUGUUCUCCUGGAGAAAAACCAACUGCAGGUUGCUGGUCUGCUCUUGAACCUUCUACUUUCAACCUUCGCGGAGAAAGUUAUUUCAGAGACAAGAAGAAAUAUCCUGCUGCAAAUUACGCCCCGUAUUAUCCCAUUGGCGUGGAUUUGUUCAUAUGCCCCCGCAAGAUUCAUCACAUUGCUCAACACAUCGAACUUCCACAUGUCAAGCCACACGAGAAGCUUCCCUCACUCCUAAUCGUUAACAUCCAAAUGCCUACUUAUCCUGCUGCUAUGUUUCUUGGAGAUAGUGAUGGGGAGGGAAUGAGCCUUGUCUUGUACUUCAAAAUUUCCGAGUGCUAUGAGAAGGAGGUUUCUGCACAUUUCAAGGAUUUGAUAAGGAGAUUUAUUGAGGACGAAACUGAAAAGGUUAAAGGGUUUGCAAAGGAAUCCACUGUUCCUUUUAGAGAAAGGUUGAAGAUCAUGGCUGGGGUGGUUAAUCCAGAGGAUCUCCAUUUGAGUGGCGCGGAGAGGAAGCUCAUUCAAUCUUACAAAGAAAAGCCCGUGCUUUCGCGUCCUCAGCACAACUUCUACAAGGGACCUAACUACUUUGAGAUCGACCUCGACAUACACCGGUUCAGCUACAUCUCGAGAAAGGGACUCGAAUCAUUUCGGGAACGUCUGAAGCACGGAAUCCUUGAUUUGGGUCUUACAAUCCAGGCCCAGAAGGAAGAGGAGCUCCCGGAGCAGGUCCUCUGCUGCGUGAGACUGAACAAGAUUGACUUCGUCAAUCACGGCCAAAUCCCGACCAUCGUCACCCUCGACGACGAUUGAUGAUGACGAUUACGACGACAAAGAAGAAGAAAAGGAGAAGCAUAAGACAAUUUGAGUUUAUAUGUAAUCCCUUGGAUCUUACUAUUGAUUGUUAUUGAGUUUCCUUGUAACACCCUUUAUCUUAUUAUUAUCGAUUCCAUUGUCCAACCCAUUAUGUGGAUUCUAUGAAUUGAUCCCCAGAGAUCUUAUUAUGUGUGAGGUCCAGAGCUUUUAUUAUGGUGAAAAGCUGAAACGAGGUUCUGUGCCCAAGAAUCAAGAAGCUCCUUUUGUUUC